AUGUCGACGCGUCGCGACAGGAUCCUCUUUACUCCAAAUGAUAAAAUUUCACAUUAUACUAUAAUUAAAUUACUAGGACAAGGCGGAUACGGCGACAUUUAUGCCGUUUCCGAUGAUACAAACGGCCAAAUUUAUGCAAUGAAAGUCGAACCGAACAAUGCAGAGCGUCAAGGACUAAAUUUCGAAACAAAUUUAAUGCGUAGACUUCAAGAUUCUAAUUUAUUCCCACAUUUUCAAGAAUUCGGAGAAACAAAUACACAUAACUUUCUUGUAAUGGGAUUAUACGGUCCAUCAAUUUCAAACACAAGACGACAACUUCAACAGCACCACUAUACUCUUUCAUCUGCCUUGAGAAUUGGCUUAUACAUGGUAAGGUGUAUUAAAGACUUCCACGUCCACGGAUUUAUCCACAGAGACAUCAAACCCGGAAACUUUUUAUUAAAUCCGGGCUCAAAUAAUCCAUUAGUAUUAAUUGAUUACGGUUUAUCACGAGAAUUUAUAGAUCCUUCAACAGGAAUGCCAUAUCCCGAAAGAGCACACUGUGGCUUUCGUGGAACAUCAAAGUACGCUUCAAUAUCAGCUCACGAGAACAAAGAUCUUUCUUGGAAAGAUGAUUUGAUUUCCUGGAUGUAUUCAAUGAUUGAAUUGAUUGAUGGACGUCUCCCAUGGCUUAGCGGAAGAGAUUUCGAACGAACUCAUCGUAUGAAACUUACAAUUCCUGCAAGAACUCUUUUCUCGUCAUUACCAGGAGAAUUCAUUGAUAUUUGGAGACAUCUGAAUUAUUUGAGAUUCAAUGAGCGCCCUAACUACGAACAAAUUGAAGAUUUGAUCAUUAAAUCAAUGGCAAAAAAUAAUAUUUCGCCAAGUAUGCCAUUUGACUGGGAAUAUUUAAAGCCAACUGUUAUACGUGAAUUUUCUCCACUCGCUGUUCUUCCAAAAGCUUCAGAAUGCGGAAUGAGUAUUCAUGUUCCGUUUUCUCUUCACGCUGCAUCUGAUUCCCCUGGUACAUCACAAUGUGGACCAUGUUCUAUUGCAUAA